AUGGAUAAUGAAAGCAUUACAGGGUCCGCAGAGUCCUUCCACGAUGCCGAAGGAAAUGGAGAGUACAAGCAGUUGCCCUUUUUUAUUCCGAGGCAGCCCAUCUGUAGUCUCCUCCGUUCCUAUUGGUCUUACGCAAAUACAUCUGUGAAGUACGAUGUGAACACCGAUUAUCCCGUUCACAUUCUUCCUUGUCCCAUUCCAAAGGGAACUUACUAUGUUAAGGAUGUGGAACCUAAGACAGAUGGGUUGCCACUUGUAGUGCCUAGAGGCUUUGUGAAGGGCGUAGCUUCUCUAUAUGAAAAGGAAGAAAUUGUGGGAACUCUUACUAUGCUUUUACUUAUUACGGAUAAACAUUCAUAA